UCGAUGUUCAUCUUGCCCCAGUGCCCGGCUACGUAUCUAGAAAGGAGUUCAGUGAUAAGAACGGGUUUAUCACCACUUUCUUUUUAAUCUUUCAUUUCGCAUAAGAAAGUUGAGUGUGUGCGAGCCGAUCAUUUUGGCAACUUGGUUUUCCGUUGGUAAGGUUACUUGACAUAGGCCUACUGUGGAAAUGCUGAACUCCAAGGACCUUGAGUCUACAUUGGUCCAGAAAGAGAGGGAGUGGAAGGAGUUACAGGCACUACACACCCGGCAGCUGGAGGCUGCCCUCAAGGAAGCAACAACUGAGCUUGAUGCCCAAAGGACACGUUUCCAGUGCCUUCAGGAGGACUUUCAAUUCAAUCUCAAAUUGUUGGAAGAACGAGAUCAUAAACUGGAGUGUUAUGAUGCCAUGGUUACCAACUUUCAGGCUAGUGGCUGUAUAAGACUAGAGGAGGUGAGUGAGCUGCAUGUACAAAUCGGCAAGCUGCAGGAUGCAGUGAUGCAGGAGAAGAGACAGUGUGCAGCGCUGCAUACCAUGCACCAGCAGAAGAUGUCAGAACUGCAGUUGCAUCUCAACACAGUGUGCAGUGAAAGGAACGAAGAAAUGCAGAGGCUGAAGGAGGAAAAUGAGAGCCUGAAGGGCAGAAUAAGGCUAAAGACACAACAGGCAGAGGGGGAACUGGCAUUGCAAAAACAGGAAAUGAUGGCAUACUUUGACGUUGAAAUGCAGAAACAAGAGCAUGAGUUCAACCUGAGGACUGAUGACAUGUGCAGUGAGGUCCUGUCUCACAAACUUAAGGUGGAGCUAAUGAAUAAGGAGCUGGAGGUGCACAGCAGAACUCAGAGUCAAGCCACUCAAGCCUUACAGGCCUCUGAGGACCAGUGCUACCAGGCUCAGAAGGACAUUCAGCAUGGAGACUGGGUCCUGAAGAAUAUCAUUGCAAUGAAAGAUACUAGAAUACAGGAGCUUGAGGAUCAACUGAGCCAGACAGAGUGCAAACAUGAAAAGGAGGAGGAGAAAGCCCACAGAAUGUAUGCAGAGCUGGAGGGCCAUGCUCGGGAGAGAGAGACAGCCCUGGCCCAGAUGCGUGAUGUCCAUGCUCAACAGCUCUGUGAAGCAGAGACCAGGAGAAGAGAUCUGCAAACACAGCUGGAUGUCUUACUGGUUGAACAGACCAUAAGAGACAAAAGCCACACAAAAGAUUUGGAGCGGAGGGACCAGGAACUUCUGCAGCUUCGUACAGAACUUGAGGCGACAAAAUCCAGCUGGGACAAAUACAUCACACAGGUGUCUAAAGACAUGGUGAUCAAAGACACAGAGCUUCUGACUGCAAGAGAACAAGAAACCAGACUAAAGGAAGAACUGGACAGAUGCAUUGAAGAUGUGAAGGGGUACAAACGGCAGCUAGCAAAUGGGCUGAAUCGUGAACAGGCCCUAGAACAGAAAUGUAUGCAGUUGGAGUUAGAUUGGAAGAAGCGCUGUGAGGAUACCUGGGCUAAAGACUACAUCAGAGACAAAGAGCUUAUAGAAGGUCUCACCCUCUCUCGAGACAAAAUGAUGGCUGCACUACAUGACAAGGACAAAGAACUGAAAGAGAUGACUGUCCUGCUGAAUGCGGUCACCAUGGAAAGGGUGGAAGACCAGGCCUUGCAUGGAAAACCUCAUGGAUUUACAAAUAACUCUGAGCAGACUCCAGGCCUCAGUCUUCCCUCCUUGGAGCUGUGCCGGCUGCAGAAGCAGAAUGCGGGUCUUCGUGCUGUGGUUGCUGAAAUGAGGAAAGAGAUGGAGAGCCUGACCACAGAGCUUCCUGCUGUACGAACAGUCAGCCACACUCAGGACAGGAAAAUCCAAACGUGCCUAUCAGACAGGACAGAAGAUACCCAUAUCAUGGAGGAAGAAGUUAAGGAACUUAAAGCCAGGUGUUUGCACCUUGAGGACCGCUUGGCAGAAGUCUCCAGGACAGCCACACCAACACCUAGGCCUAUUGCCUCUGAGAAUCUCGUGAGCCAUAUCAGAAGUCUUAAGAACACCAUAGAUAAACUCCAAGUGGAAAAGGUUGCCAGUGUUGCAGCACUGAAGGAAAAACAAGUCAGGAUAGCACUUUUAGAGACAGCUGUGUCCCAUGCCCUGCAACAGAAUCAUUCUACACAAACAGAGAAUGAAGAGCUACUCCAAGAACUGUUCAGUAAAAAGAGAUGCAGUGUUACUAAAGAACAGGAUGGGAAAGAUGGUCCGAAAGCCAGUCAGGAUGAAUUGAAGGGCCCAAUCAUGGAAGAUUCCACGCUGCCAGACAAACUUAGACAAGCAGUAUGGUGGAUGUCACGGCUGAGCAGAGAAAAACAGCAGCUCAUUGAGCUAGGAAACUGUCUUCGAGCACAACUCACAAAGACAGGACUGGAAGUCGUCUACCAUGAGGAAGGACUGGUCCCAGCAGCAGAAGGGCAAAUGCAAGGCAAUAGUCACCUGUCCACCCUGGAACACCUGCAGUAUCAACUCACCUCUCAGGAGUUACAAUAUGCUCAGAGAGAUCGUAGCAACAAGUCAGUGACAGUAAUGAAGCCUGUUGUCUCAGAGAGUCAACAUGAAGACAAACAUCAAUCCAGGCCAAGUAAUCAAUGGAGACAGUAUAUAGGAUGCAGAAAAGAAAACACCCCCCCCUUGUCGAGUCCAGUUAGGUCCUUCACCAUUCCAUCGUCUCCCUGGAUGUCCUCUGUUGACACAGAUGGCUCUCUGCAAGAUGUUUGGCAAAUAUUGGAAAAAGGUCCGAGUCCGUCCGUCCUCACGCCUACAGGAAGUACAGACCAAGGACUACAGUUCAAAGAUGGCUGUGAAGAAAAAUCAGAGUUGAUUACCAACACGGCUGUCCCCAGAAUUCAGUGCAACACAUCAGACCAGGAGAGACAGAAAGAAGCAAGGGUGAUGCACAAAGACAAAAAGAUAAGGGCUCCUGGAAAGAGAACGGAGAUAAGGAACUACAACAUUAAAGACUAA